AUGUUGAUUGUGCUGCCGUUGGGAUGUGCAACGAUCUGGACAAUAUGGACUCAAUCUGGGGACACGAUGAAAGCCAUGGUUCCGUAUCUGUUGGUAUUUCAUGGAACAAUUUUGAUGUUUGACCUAUUUUUUCUGGUGACAGAUGUGAGAACGUGGUUUCCUGUGAUUGGGCUUACCUAUCGACCGAUAAUAUCAGUGCCGUUUUUGCUGGAGGUUUACUACCCAAUAGCCUGUGGACUUUUGCUGACUGGAGUAUUGGCCAUGGGUGUGCUUCUACGACGUCGUGCUGCCGCCGUGGCUGGCGUGUUGCAGCACGUUCCGCAAAAAGUGCUACUUACUGUCGAGGGGGUUUUCGGGGUGACGAUGGAGCUCGGUGUCGUUUUGACGGCCUAUUUUGGUGUAGCCGAUCGUGCAAAGGCCGAGCAAUACUACAGGACGGUGUUUCCACAUCAGCCACAAUUGUUGCCUUCUAACCAACCUGCCGUUUAUUAUGUCCCGUCGAUCAACCCGAUUUUUAGUUAUUAUAUCGGGCUGUUGUGCUUUCUAAUCUGCGUGCUGGUGCUCGAAAUCUUAUUUUCGAUAUACGCUUUUAUUCACGCGUUAGAGAGGCGGAGUCGGGAUGGAUCGAGGGUCCGAUCCAAGCAACAAACACGCGCAUACCAGUGUAUUUUAUUGCAGUUCAUGGCGCCUGCUUCGGGAAUUAUCUACAGCCUAGGUGUUGGAUUGGCGGCAACUUUUGGGGUGGACCUGCCCUUUGAAUAUUUAAAUCCACUGCUUCCGAUCACCUUUAGCCUGAACACCUACUGGGUAUCUGCUACCUGUAUUGCUUUUAAUGCCAAAUAUAAGCAGUAUUUCUUUCAACGUUUUGUUCCGAAGUUUCUUCGACCGAUCGACGAGUCGCCGGCUUCGCAUCCAAGGCUUCUAACGCAAAGUGUUGCUGCUGUUACCAGGCAU